AUGCCUGAGGGAAUAUCUGUCAGUAGAAAUGGAAAUGUAUUAGUAGCUGACUCUAGCAAUAACAGAGUUCAGAUUUUUGAUGCCAAUGGACAUCACCUAUCAUCCAUCACUAACACCGGAGCAGGAGAGAGACUAGGACAACCAAUCAGUGUGGCAGUUGGACCUGAUGACUGGGUGUAUGUGGUUGAAUUCAGCUGUGACAGAGUAUCAGUAUUUGAUGAGAAUGGCAAGUACAUCAUGUCAUUUGGGAAGAAAGGGGACAAAGACGGAGAGUUCAAAGAUCCAUAUGCCAUAGCUGCCAGAGAUGACGGCUACAUCUACGUCAGUGACACAUACAACAAUCGAGUUCAAAUAUUCAAGUGA